AUGUCCAAUUGUUCACACCUAUGGCGCUUCAUCCACUCGUUCAAGAUCUCUGUAACCCGCCUGAGCUGUGGAGUGACCUAUCAAACUGUCCAACACUUUCUCGAUGCGGCCGCUAUCACUGAGACCGACAGUGCGGAUACUAAAGAGACCUCACCCAAUAUUGCAGCACGAAUGAACUGCCAAGAUGCACUAGCAGGAGCCGUGGGAUUUGGUCCUGUCAAGGUGGUAGAGCUCCUUCUUAACCACAGGUACGGUGUCAGUCUCUACAGCCUCGACGAAGUGAACACUUCAGCGUUGCAUAUAGCGACUCUGAACGGGAGUUCGGACGCUGUGCAGAUGUUACUCGAUUAUGGAUUUGAUCCUAACUUCAUUGACGACGAGGGAGACGCACCCAUUCAUGCCGUAGCCAGACUUCAUAGGUGCAAAGGCACCGAUCUCCCAAAAGACUACGGUUUCAUGUCAUCGUGGAUUGCGGUAUUCUUAGACCACACCACCCUGGUUGACCUUUUACUGAAACAUGGUGUGAACCCCGAUGGCCUGGAUGAAAAUGGAAAUCCGCAAGAGCCCAUGCCGAUUGAGGAGUUCCGUGAAAUGAUACAUGAGAAGGUGUCAGACUUCUCCGACCGUCUAGCGAGGGUGGCUUACGAAGGUUAUCUCAAUUGUUGCAUGCCACUGUGCAUUGCUGCAUUUUUGGACUGCGAGGGAGCCGUCGGGCUCUUACUGGAACAUGGGGCGAACCCAAGUGUCAAGGACCCGAAUGGUGAGACACCACUUCAUCUAACAGUUAGAGACAAUGACUGUGCGAUUGCUGAGCGUGUUAUCAAGAAAGGCGCCUCUCUGAAGUCUCGGGAUUGUCAUGGCUUGACUCCCGUUGAGGGCUUUGCGUUUUGGUGGUCACAAGAUGCACGAAUGGUCAUCAAGAGCCAUGGCUACGCUAUCGGUAUCCUGGGGACCGGCACAGACGCAAGUCUCACUACAUUUCAGAACUGUGAAGAGACAGUCAGACUCCUUUUAAAACGAAUGGCUGAUCCCAUUCCUAAAGACUCAUUUGGCCAAAUUCCACUUCACAUGGCAUGCUCUCUUCUUGGCCACGUUGCCGAAGAUGCAUUUGAGAUCUUGCUUGAAGCCAGCUCUGAUACCGAUUCCAGAGACAUCAAUGGUGAGACACCACUAUACCAGGCGGCACGAGCCGGCUUUUACGGGGUACUCCGUAUGCUGUUAGCGGAUAGCCGGGCAGACUUUAUGGCAAAGAAUAAUCAUGGCAAUACAGCAUUGCACUUGGCAGUGCUGAGUGGGCGUCGAGAAAAGGGUGAUGAAAUGAUCCGGGAGGUGCGUAAAGCCGGUAUUGAUUGCAGCAUGGUGAACAACGAUGGUCAGACUGCUAUGGAUAUAGCGGAAGACACCAUCAUUGCAUUAGCUUGUGAGUUGACUGAAGAAUCAGACGAACGUGAGUCCGAAGAAAGUCCACAGCCGUCUUGA